GUUCUUACAUACACAGUGUGGGUAUUAUGUGGCACCUGUAAAGGUGUCAAUUCCACUGAUCAGAGUGUUCUAGUGGACCCAUAUGGGUAAGGUGAUAUUUUAGGUGAAGGAGUGUGGAAAAUGAGUUUUGGUUUUGGUUUUAUAGAUGAGUUUCAGGCAGUGGGACCAAUUGUGGAGGCUUCAUUGCAUAAGAAAGUGAAACGCAGAGUUAGUUUCUCUGGAAGGAUGUGGAAAUGCUUAAUGCUGAACAGCUUUUACCUUACAGACAUUUUUUCAUUCCCCAGUCCCUUCACAUUCUACUGCCAUCCUGCAGCCGCCUCUCAGCUCAACAAAGCCAGACACUCUUGAUCCGUCAUGGCCUCAGCACCACCAUCCAUGAACAUAGAAGAGGAAGUCUUGUGCCCCAUCUGCAAGGACCUCAUGACAGACCCCGUGACCUUGAACUGUGGCCACAACUUCUGCCAAGGCUGCAUCACCAAGCACUGUGAGGUACGGGAUGAAAUUGAGAUGGGGGACUGCAAGUGUCCCGUCUGCAUGGACAAGAUCUGGAACAGGAAUUUCCGCCCCAAUUGGCAGCUGGCAAAUGUAGUAGAAAGAAUCAAACUCCAGAGAAAGGAACUAUGUGAGAAGCAUAAAGAAAAACUCCACCUGUUCUGCAAACAAGAUGCAGAAUUGGUGUGUUUGGUUUGUGAGCGAUGCCCAGAGCAUAAAUCACACACUGUGGUUCUCAAGGAAGAGGCUGCCCAGGAAUACAAGACACUCAUCUUUGAUCACCUGGAGCAUCUGAGGAAAGAGAGAGAGAAUAUUCAGACUUAUAAAGCAAACAUCGGAAAGGAAAGCGAUGAACUGCUUAAAUUAACAAAAACUGAGAGGCAGAAGACCAUGCAGAGGUUCAGACAACUGCACCAGUUUCUGGAAGAACAAGAAAAGCGUCUGCUGAAUGAAAUAGAAGAAAUGGAGGAGGAGAUCACAAGAAGAAGGGAGGAGCACCUGGCUAGACUCUCAGAGGAACUCUCCUCUCUUGAAAGGAGCAUCCGGGAGAUGGAGGAGAAGAGUCAGCAGCCAGCGAGUGAACUCCUGCAGGAUGUUAGAAGAACUUUGCAGAGGUUUGAGCGAAGGGGGACAUCUGAAAAUUCACUGACUUCCCCACUAGAAUUGAAGAGGAAAUUCUCAACAUUCAGGGCUGCAAAUCCCUUUCUAUAUGUUGAGAUGGAGAAAAUAAAAGAUGCUCUGUUACCCAGAUUGCUUCAGAAAGGUAAAUUUUGGGUUAAGGAUCAAAUUCAAGCAAAUGUCACUCUGGAUCCAGACACAGCCCAUCCCAGGCUCAUCCUGUCCGAGGAUCGGAAAAGCGUGAGAUGCGGAGACAAAGAGCAAGACCUGCCCGACAAACUUGAGAGAUUCAAUUCCUGGCCUUGUGUGUUGGGAUAUGAGGGAUUCACAGCAGGCAGACAUUUCUGGGAAGUCACUGUAAAUGAGGGAGAGAGGUGGACUUUGGGGGUCGCCAGGAAGUCUGUGCAGAGAAAGGGCUUCUUCCCCUUAAGGUUUGAGGGAGGCAUCUGGGCUUUGGAUAAGUGGCUUGGUGAGUACAGGGCCUUCACAUCCCCUGAUUACUUUCCUCUGUCCCUGAGUGAGGAGCCCAGGAGGAUCCGAGUGACUCUGGACUAUGAAGAGGGAUAUGUGUCUUUUUCUGACGCUGACUCAGGGGCUGAACUCCACACAUUCUCAGGAGCCUCGUUCUUUGGGGAGACCCUCCUCCCUUUCUUUUGUCUGUGGGGAUAUGCAACCCACCUCAGGAUCUCCUGUUAAGAGUAGAAUUGACAUCUUUUCAGAUGCCCUGUGGGAGGAGUCAUUCCAGUCACACUUGGAGAAAACGACAAAACAAAAUCUGGGAUUUUCUUUUCCCUCUGCUUUCCCAGAAUUCCUUCUGCAGUGGAGUCCUUAAAGAGAGGGAAACACUUUAAUUGUCCCAAUAAACAAUCUAUUCCUCCAAAGAAUGCACUCGCCACCCCCUGCGAUCCUGGUUCUGUUGUUCACCUUCCUCUCAUGACAGGACCUCCACCAGCUGUUAAAAUGCCCACAUGAUGGCAUUGAUAGAUCACUGGAGAACAAUCCUUCCAGGCACCUUUGCAACUAAAGCUCAUAGCCUUGUGGAUCUCAGGCAGGAAGGAAAUAAGAAGACUGUCUGUGAAGCCCCAACUUCCAACCCUUUGCAAAUGCAGCCUCCCCAUCUCCACACUUUCUCAGAGAGAAAUCUCACUGACUCCAGAGUUGAUGGGAGUUGUAGUCCAGCAACUUGGCCAAGUCUGCCCUUUAUAAUGCACAUGGUGUCUUCCCUUUGGCCCCACCCUGGAUGUGAGAUGUUCCCCCAAAGAGGGUCUUUUCAGUAUCUGUGGAAUACCCUCCCACCAGAUCACACUUCCCCACAGAGCAAGAGAUCUCUCCCAGCCCCACAGGUGCAGCACCCGUCCGUCAAUAAGGGGGAGAGUUAAAGCCUCUUAAGUCUUUCUCCCUAGCAAAGAGAGGAAACAGUUGCCAGGGGUAGCAGGAGGGCUCUCUCAGCCCCUCGAGGGCAGCAGCUAGCAUUCUUGUUUUCUCUUUGGUGGCUAUUGAGGUGCUUCAGAGAAGGGAGAAGACACCCCUUCACCUUCCUCCCUGCCCCCUCUCUCCAGAUCCACAUAAGUCCAACAACCAGGGCGGGAGGAAGUUCAGCACACCACAGGCCCAGUCUCCCCCUCCUGGAAGGCUGACUCUGUUCCUGCAAAGCAACUAGCAGACCCAAGUGUGUCUCCUGUAACGUCCUGCUUAAAAACCCUGUAACCUUAUACCAAAAAUGUUCUGGUUUACCUCCAACCUGCUUUCAUUGCUCUUCCACCCCUCCAGGCAGCAGUGAUGUGGCAGCAUCGGGGAAGCAUCCCAGAACAAUCAACAAAGCAGAAGAAACCCAGUGCUAAUGCCCUUUUACUGUGUCAGGAACAUGCUGCAGAAUACAUCAGCCUGGAGGGACCCUUUACACAGCAAGGGAAGGAAAUCUGCACCUCGGCCCUUUUCCUAAUUAGGGACUGUGGGGUUUCAUUGCUCCAAUGAAGACCACGCUGGGUGCAGUUCUCCAGGGGACCACUUGAUGUCAGCGUUCCACCAUGAGCAAGGCUCUUGUUAUAGUAUCCACCAGAGUUUUCCAAACUUUUCACCUUGCUGACACGCUUUUUAGACAUGCGUCCUUUUGCAACACAGUAAUUCAGUUUUACUAGCAAAAGAGAGGUUCAACCAGGGGUCCUCAAACUAUGGGCCACAUCCGGCCCGCCAGUGUCCUGAACCCGGCCCACCCCCAGGUCACACUGCCUCUAAGCGCAAAUCUUCUGUGGGCUGGGUGUGCACCUCUCUGCCCUGCCCACCUCACAGGGCUGUUGUGGGUUGCAAAGGCGGGCAAGUUUCACAGGAGCAGGGUGGGAGGGCCGUGCCAGCUGCUCCUUUCCUCCAGCCCCGCCCCCUCUGCUCCAGCCCCGCCCCCUCCCCGCACAGGUACUUCUGCUGGCCGCAAUACUCUGUGCGGAGGCUGCUUGGGCUUGCAGUGGGGGCACAGAUGGGAGCCGA